AUGGAGGGGCUAAGGUGUGUACAAAUAAAUUUACAACACAAUAAGGCCGCCACUGCCCUUCUGGCCAGGCAGCUAAAAAGCGACAAGUUCGACAUUGCCCUUAUUCAGGAACCAUAUAUUUACAAGGGAGAGAUAAGAGGCUUGAAUGGUACUGGCGGGACGAUACUGUAUAUCUGCUCCGGAAGUAAUAUGAGGACAUGUAUUUAUGUUAAAACCGGCAUUGAUGCUAUGCUUCUAAAUGCUUUCUGUUCCAGGGAUCUGACCACGGUCAAGAUCCAGAAUAAAGGGGGGGGUAAGGCACUAGUCAUCUCAUCAGCCUACCUUCCUUACGAGGCGGCGGAUCCCAUCACCACACAACUGCGGGAUCUCGUCGACUACGGCAGCCGGGCGAACACUGACCUGAUCAUCGGCUGCGAUGCGAACGCACACCACGUCAUCUGGGGAAGCUCGGAUGUCAACAGAAGAGGAGAGAAGGUACUGGAAUUCCUGGUAAGCUCUUCACUACAACUCUUGAAUAAAGGCAAUGAGCCGACAUUCGUCAAUGCUAGGCGAGGUGAGGUCAUUGAUAUAACGCUAGCGUCCAACAACGCAACCAGCCUAGCCAAGGAGACAAUCUUUGACGCUCCUCCCGUAUUCUUAGCGGAGUACUUGGUCACGAUCUAG